AUGCUCACCAGCGCUGUUCUAGAGAUUUUGUUCUUGACUGUUGUCUCCUCAGAAGACUGUAUAAAGAGCCAAGGUGGCUGGCGAGAAAAGACGGUAAAUGGCUUUGAGCAAACUUUGGAGGGAAAAGAAGUGUUUUUGAAAUACAACUGUGAUGAGGAAAAGAGGCAAAACGAGACGGCUGCAAAUGAAAAACCGAUCGAUGAAAAGUAUGCGCCUCUCUUGGAGGGUGGCGAGGAAAAGCAAGAUUCGCUUCCUUCAUCUCUAACUGAUGCAGCUGGGGAUGAAAAAAAUAACGGAAAGGAAGUCCAGCAACCUGAGGAUUAUGUCGAAGAUCCAGAUGCUGUCGAUUUUUUUUAUAGCAGUGAUGAUGAUGUCCAGAAGGAAGCUGCUGACGCAUUGAAAGUAAAUCUCCCUUCGGUUCUUCAAGUGAGUGGGACUUACUACGUCUACUGCAGCAGGUAUAGCAUCUCCAACUUCCAAGUGAAUGGCGAAGGUGAAGAACAUGAGGACUUCGUUGGUUACGGAGUCAACUGCAAGUUUGCGCAGGUGCUUUAG